UCGCUGUAGUCUCCCGGUACUGGAGGUCGGGCAUGCUCAUGGAACAUCCACUGCGAAAUGCUAUGCAAACGUCCAAAAAAGAGCGCGAUUAACGUGAAAUUACAGGGCUAUGUGACACGGGCGACUGUUUAAAUCGCCUUUCUGCUGAGCCGGUAAACCGGGGAGUUGAGGAGAAGCGCGAAGAAAAGCCGAAGGAGCUCCGAGGAGUGCCCGUCCGUUUUGUCCUACAAAGGCGCCCAGUGUUUGACAGCGGCAGGCCCGGAGUUUGCUAACCUGCCGGCGGAGGACGGCACCCGAGAGGACUACAUGAAACAGUAAAGGCUGUCCUUUCUCUAGAAGGAAGCGAGCUCAGCCAUGAGGAAGGACGUGAGGAUACUACUUGUAGGGGAACCCAAGGUGGGGAAGACGUCGCUUAUAAUGUCCCUGGUCAGCGAGGAGUUUCCUGACGAGGUUCCCCUACGAGCUGAGGAGAUCACCAUCCCAGCCGAUGUCACCCCAGAGAGGGUUCCCACACACAUCGUGGACUACUCAGAAGCAGAACAGUCGGACGAGCAGCUGUAUCAAGAAAUAUCCAAGGCAAACGUUAUCUGCAUAGUUUAUUCUGUCAACAACAAGAAGUCGAUUGAAAAGGUGACAAGCCACUGGAUUCCACUCAUUAAUGACAGAACGGAUAAAGAUAGCAGGGUGCCGUUGAUUCUUGUGGGAAACAAGUCGGACCUGGUGGAACACAGCAGCAUGGAGACCAUCCUGCCAAUCAUGAAUCAAUACCAGGAUAUUGAGACCUGCGUAGAGUGCUCUGCCAAAAACCUGAAGAACAUCUCUGAGCUCUUCUACUACGCCCAGAAGGCUGUUCUUCACCCGACAGGACCCCUGUACUGCCCGGAGGAGAAGGAGCUGAAGCCUUCUUGCAUUAAGGCUUUAACUAGAAUAUUUAAAGUGUCCGACCUGGACAACGACGGCAUCCUGAACGACAACGAGCUCAACUUCUUCCAGAGAACGUGUUUCAACACACCGCUGGCGCCUCAGGCCUUGGAGGACGUCAAGAACGUGGUUAGAAGGAACAUGACGGACGGAGUCAAAGACAACGGACUCACUCUCAAAGGCUUUCUGUUCCUGCACACCCUCUUCAUACAGCGAGGCCGACAUGAGACCACGUGGACUGUACUGAGAAGGUUUGGUUACGACGACGACCUGGAGCUCACGCAGGAAUACCUCUUCCCCAUGAUCAAGAUCCCACCAGACUGCACCACAGAGCUCAACCACAACGCUUACCUCUUCCUCCAGAGUGUCUUUGACAAGCAUGACAAAGACAGAGACUGUGCUCUGUCCCCCGAUGAGGUGAAGGACUUGUUCAAAGUGUUUCCCUACAUGCCCUGGGGUCCAGAUGUCAACAACACAGUGUGCACUAACGAUCAGGGAUGGAUUACAUACCAGGGAUACCUCUCCCAGUGGACGUUAACAACAUAUUUAGAUGUCCAGCGUAGCUUGGAGUACUUAGGUUACCUUGGUUACUCCAUCAUCUACGAACAGGAAUCCCAAGCGGCUGCUAUGACCGUGACUCGUAACAAGCGCAUCGAUCUGCAGAAGAAACAGACACAGCGCAGCGUUUUCAGAUGCAACGUGUUGGGAGCACGGGGCAGCGGCAAGAGUGGCUUCCUCCAGGCUUUCCUUGGCAGGAACCUGCAGCGACAGAGGCAGAUUAGAGAAGAUCACAAGUCCUUCUAUGCCAUCAGCACGACUUAUGUUUAUGGUCAGGAGAAGUACCUGCUGCUCCACGAGGUGAUACCGGACUUUGAUUUCCUGUCAGAGGCCGACCUGGCCUGCGAUGUGGUCUGCCUGGUGUACGACGUCAACAACCCGCGCUCCUUUGAGUACUGCGCAAAAGUGUACAAGCAAUACUUCAUAGACAGCAAGACGCCCUGUGUGGUGAUCGCUGCCAAGUCAGACCUGCACGAAGUACGGCAGCACUACAGCCUCUCACCACACGAGUUCUGCCGUAAACACAAGCUCCACCCGCCCCAGCCGUUCACGUGCAACUCCACCGACGCACCCAGCAAAGACAUUUACACCAGACUCACCACCAUGGCCAUGUAUCCCCACGCCCGUCUCCGCUGCAUGUGUGCCUGCAACAGGUGCACCUAUUGCCUGUGUCAGAACCUCCUCAAGUUGGAGCUGCUGCGCAGUAUUAAGGCCCAACUCCGCAGGGUCGUUUUCAACAGGCACAUGGCUCAGGCCGACCUGAAGAACUCCACCUUCUGGCUGAGGGCGAGCGUCGGGGCCACGGUGUUCGCCGUGCUGGGCUUCGCCAUGUACAGAGCUCUGCUCAAGCAGCGGUGAUCCCACGGCAUGAUGCUUCCUCCUUCUGUGGACUCUCCCCUCCUACCUGACAGACUCCAAAAACAAAAAAAGAUUACACCUCAUCCCUUCCUCACAACGCAAACAUGGGCGAGAAACAAAUGUGCAAAGUCUUGGUGCAUUUUAUACCAGAGCGUGGGUUAGUUUCUGUUUGUCCUGUCAGGCACUAGUGGACGAUUUCACCUCAGGUCAGUAGAAGUUAGACGUUCUCCGACCAGAGACACACCGCAAAGGGACUGGAACCUGUUCAUAGAUGUGUAUAUGCAGUAUAUGAUGUAUGUAUUGGAGAGUUUUAGGACCUGUAGACAGAAGCUCCGCCACCUGGAGGCGUUAGAAUGCAAACAGUCUAACGCUGGAAGGUCACGGAUGAUCAAGCACCGUUAAUUUUGUGUGUUAAUUUAUUAACCCCAUUUUUUCUCUUUGUUUUCUGUUUUGAGUGCACCGCAUGGAACGGAUGAAGACAUUUUUCAUGUAUUUUUGUAUUUAGCGUUAUCAAAGCUGUCGCGCCUCCUUCACCCGCUUUUUACUUUUCUGAUUUUCAAAAUAAGAGCUUCGUCCUGCAUUCUAUUUUUCUGCUAUCAACAGCUGCACCUCUCCCACCUUAAAACCAUGGAAGUGUUUCUUCUUCUUAUCCUCUUUUCCAGCAUUUACAAAUAAAGACGUGUAUGAUGUGACGACGGGGUGAAACCGCAGCUGAUUUAACAGCAGGAAGAAAACAAGUGGUUUUAAAUAACUAACAAUAAAUGACAUUUACACCCUCUGA